UGGCGCGCGCGAGUCACUCGGAUGGCCGGGGGCCGCCAUUUUCCUCCAGCGAGGGAGACAGUCGCGAGCGUAGUUCCGCGCAUUGUCGACUAAUUUUUUCGUCGAAUCGAGGGAUUUUCGCGAAUAACUGGGGCUUGGGGCGGGCGCGCGUGACCCCAGUGCCCGUAUCCGACCGAGUAUCGUUCCACGGGAGACUCGAAGUCACCCGUGGACGCCGGAAGAGCCCAGCCGUGCGAGUCGGAAUAGUCGAGGCGCCGCGCGUAUACGUCCCACAAGAGACACAAUCGUAAAAGAACGCCGUGUGAGAGAGUGAAUACUGUUUGGUGAUCGCAGUGUGGCCGGUGGAAAUACACGAUACGCCUGGAGUGCUGUGGAGCCCGAGGAAUAUAAGAGGAAUCGCCUCCGACAGGAGACGGUGUUCAACGAGUCGUGAUGCGUUGGAGGUUCGGUGGUCCUUGUCCAAAAACCGACCAGAAGUCAGUGUUACAAAAGCAAUCCGUGUGACACAGCGUAAAAGUGCAAAAUCAUAUUUCAAGACAUACGAAGAGGCUUCCUUACAAGUGGACGAUAGGACUUCCUUGGAAGAAAGCAAAUAUUUUUAGUGACACUGAGAGUACAAGUGAAAAAUAUAAAAAUUGGGGGGGCUGUUUGACCGAUGGACAAACGGAAGAUGAUGCCCAAACGCCCUCGAAUGGAGAACCUGAGGGGUCCAAUUGCAAAUGGACCCAUUCAGACGCGACCGUUAGUGGCUUUGUUAGAUGGCCGAGACUGCUCUAUUGAAAUGCCUAUUCUCAAAGAUGUUGCAACUGUGGCCUUCUGUGAUGCGCAGUCUACAUCUGAAAUUCACGAAAAGGUACUAAAUGAAGCGGUAGGCGCAUUAAUGUGGCACACCAUAAUUUUGACAAAAGAAGAUCUUGAAAAAUUCAAAACUUUACGAAUCAUUGUAAGAAUUGGAUCCGGAGUAGAUAACAUAGAUGUCAAAGCGGCAGGAGAGCUUGGCAUCGCCGUGUGCAAUGUGCCUGGCUAUGGCGUCGAAGAAGUAGCUGACACCACCCUUUGCCUCAUUUUAAAUUUAUAUCGACGUACAUAUUGGUUGGCAAAUAUGGUACGCGAAGGGAAAAAAUUCACGGGCCCGGAACAGGUCAGGGAAGCUGCAACAGGAUGCGCAAGGAUACGUGGUGACACGCUUGGAAUAGUUGGGCUAGGUAGGAUUGGUUCUGCAGUUGCCCUGCGUGCCAAAGCUUUUGGCUUCACUGUCAUCUUUUAUGAUCCCUAUCUACCGGACGGAAUUGAAAAGUCCCUUGGUCUUAACAGGGUCUACACGUUACAGGAUCUACUAUUCCAGUCAGACUGCGUAUCCUUGCAUUGUACCUUGAACGAGCACAACCAUCAUCUAAUUAAUGAAUUCACUAUCAAACAGAUGAGACCUGGCGCCUUUUUAGUCAAUACAGCAAGAGGUGGUCUGGUAGACGAUGAUGCAUUAGCCGCAGCACUGAAACAAGGCAGAAUUCGCGCAGCAGCACUCGAUGUACACGAAAAUGAGCCAUACAACGUCUUUCAGGGUCAGUCCUCGCAGUGUCCUUUGAAAGACGCACCCAAUCUACUGUGUACGCCACACGCAGCAUUCUACAGCGAUGCAAGUUGCACCGAACUUCGCGAGAUGGCAGCCAGUGAGAUACGAAGAGCCAUCGUCGGUCGCAUACCCGAUUGCUUGCGAAACUGUGUGAACAAGGAAUACUUCCUUUCCACGACCGGCUACCCUGAGGGGAUCAACGGCGGAUACUAUUCCGGGGGGCUGCCCGUUCAACAGGCGCAUUCAACGACUCCUCACGAUUCUGCACCCCCACCUCCUGGUGGGCAUUCCGUCGUCGGCGGCGGUGGUGGUGGGGGUGGUGGCGGACCGAACUCCUCUGCAGGCGGUGCAGGCGCCGGGGGUCCGACAGGCCCUACGGGUCCAACGGUAGGCGGCGGUGGGGCUGGAGGCCCUGCUUCAGCUCCUCCUACUGCUGGAUUAACCGGUAUACCACACAGCAUAGUGAGCGAGCCUGACCCCCGGCCAAGCCCACCUGCACCGAGCCCUCGUUGACCUUGAACCCCCGACGUCCACUCCAGCACCACCCUCCGAUCUAAUUUCCCUUAGCCAUUCGCACACGACCUCCGAUGACAAAUGGCCGAUUGACUAAACGUGUGUCGUGCACGAUAAUGUGCCCCCCAACAACAACACAACAACAUUCAACAUCAACAACAAAAAUGAAAUAAGAAAAAACAAAAAAUAAUGUCCGCUGCUUCCGAAGGAAACCCGAGGGAAUCCAUCCUCGGGCAAACAGAGUGAAAGAGAGAACGGGGGGUAGGCGGGAGGAGAGAAAGUAAACGGGAGUGAGAAAAACAAGUGAGAAUGAGAGGGAGAGAAAGAGCGAGGUUGCCUGUGGUGCACGUCAGUGUUGCGCGCAUGCCCCGUGUGUAUGUCGAGCUUGAGUCUGCGUUUGGUGGGCUCCUGGAAUAGUGCAUUUGAUGUAAACAUUUGUGAACAAACCAAAUACAGUUGGGCGCUAAUGGUGACGGCUUAUCGCGAGAUGUCGUUGGCUAGGUUUGGGAAUAAACGGUGGGUAAGAUUUCUCUGUAAUUUCUUUUUUUUUUUUUUUAUUGUUCAACUAUUUAACCCGCGCGCAAAAAAAAACUGAUAUUUCACUCUUCUUCUUCUUCUACUAUAUAAGAAUAACGAUGAUCCGCCUCUUCCAGUCGAUAAUUGUCUCAGAACAAGUAUCGCAGAAUUUCUUUUAUCUGCUACUCGUAGUAGCUUAAUCAUUUCUGAGUACUUCACUCAUGUAAAUCCAAAUCUUUCUUUUCUAUGCAGGUUUUUUAAAUUUGAAAUCAAACAUGGAACCGAUGGUGUUUCUUUAUUUUUCUUUUUUUUUUCUUUUUUCUUUUAGCGAGUCAUGCAUUACUUCGCCAUACUGUAUUUGGGUUCGCGCAUGCUAUUUUAGUUCUUGUUUCGAAAAGAACCAUACCUCCCGAGAGCAUAUACGAUUUGGCAACCACCGAUAACUUUAACGAACAUUGUUUCUUUCGUGGACGUUGUGACUCCCGAUGUUUGGUAUACCGUAUUAAAAACAAAUGUAGCCGCUCGCUAAUACAUUUUUAUGUUUUACUCGAGAUCAUGAAAAUGCUGCGUAGACGAUAAGACCGUGAUAAGAAAAGAAAAGAAAAAUGUUGUACCGUACCCUAUCUGUGGUUUAAAGUGAACAGAGGUAACGAACAAUUUGUGGACAAAAGAUAUGCAACCGUUGGGGCAUUCUCGAGCGUGGUAUUUAGUGUCGUUGGUAGUACCGAGUAUAAAACUUCGUAAAAAAAAAAAAGUAAAAAUAAAUUGAAUGCCUUCUUUAUCGUAUUUUUAAAUGUCGAUAAUCGAUCGAAUCUUCAUGCGCGAGUGUGUAGUGGAACAAAGUUGCUUCAACGAGUCGAUGUUUCUACUUCCUUUCGAAUUACAUUCAUGAAUGCCUUAACGUAACGUGUAAAGAAUGCAGCAUCUUCAUCCGAAGUUUCGAUUUGUAAUGUAAUAGGUAAACAUAAUUGUAACGGGUACUAUGCUGUUCUCAGGAGAUGGCCACCGAGGGGAAAUGGACAGGGCGAAGCUAGCGCUGCUUGGAUCGGCCACGUGACACUAUAGAAAAGGUCUCCUAUUGGUGGACGCACCAUAAAAACUACCGACGGCCGUGCACGGACGCUAGCUAUUCGUCCAGCCAGCGUAGUUGUCGCACAGUUCACGGACGGCGGUGCUUAGCCCUUCAUUUCCUCUCGCGGGUUCUUCUCCGAAGGCUUUCUCCCUCGGGACAGCAUCGUACGUUUGUGUUCCCGACCGGGAAGAAGAAAUCUGUUUAUUGUUUCGAUGAAAAGAAAAAAAAGUAAUAUACCUAUGGUUUAGCAGUCUUUUAAGUGAGUGAGAUUGCGAACGGAAGAAAAACGAGAUAAAGUAAGCGUACACGAGCGAACGAUAGAACGAACAGAAACAAGUUUUAUUAAUUGAUAAUUAUAAUAUGAUUAAUUAUUGUAUUAAGUAAAGUAAUGCGAUGUUACGAAACACUUGAAUAUAUUAUCGAAAGAUAAAUCAUUAAAAACGAAAAGAAACUGGAAGAUUUUUUGAGAAAAAAUUAUUAAAUGCGACGACGACGACGACGACGACGACAACGACGACGAUGAUGAUAAUAAUAAGUAAAUAAAAAAAAAAAAAGAAAGAAAGAAGAAAUGGGAUUGAAGUGUGCGAAAGAUCUAUUUUAGAGAUACACAUAUCUAUUCGGUUCUUUUUUAUGAUUUCAAUUUAUAACUACAGGUUUACCGGUAACGGACGACGAGUCAUUGAUUUUUUAAUUAUGUAAAUCCAAAAUUAAGGAGAGAGAGAGAAUGGAAGAGAGAGCACGCGAGAACGGUCGUGAAGCGUUGAACUGAACACAUACAAAAAAAACACGUUUACACACACAAACACACACACACGCGCGCGCGCGUACACCGUGUAUCCAUGUUUUUCGCAGGAACACAAAUUGCGAGAAGUGAUAUAUGUAUAGACAAUUAAUUUUCUAUUCUCAGUGGUCGAUAUGCCAGAUAUAAAUGAAAAAUGAAGAGUUUUGUUGUUAUUUAAAAUUGUUCGGAUGAGAUGGAAGAAAAAAAAACGUUAGAGACUGAAUCGUUUGGUAUUCAUCGAUGCCUCUGGGAUAAUGCACCUUAACACGAGCUUUUUGCUUUCGAAGCUUUCAAGCGAAUGAAAAACCAUUCCAACUGAUGUAGAGAUCAGAUUUACCAAGCAAACACUUGAUCGAUAAUACGAGGCGAUGUAGGAGCGAGCGAGCGAGCGAGCGAGAGUGAGAGAAGAAAGAGUGAACGAAAGGUGCGAAAACAUUUAAAAAAAAAAAAAAAAAAAAAAAAUAA